CGAUUAUUGAAUCACACCGCUGGUAAGUUUAUGGACAUGAAAUGAUAUUACGGAAAAGAAAUAGCAGUCUUUUACAAAUGUUUUCUAAAAACCUGAUCCUGUUCCGUUGAGUUUUGUUUAUCCCUGAAACGUCGAGGUAAAUAUUUCCGACGACUUUCAGCUGAAAACCUGCGACUCAGAGAAUCAUCAUGACCGAGCAGAGGCUGCUGUUUAUGGAUAUUGAACCAAAGGCAAGCAGCUCCGCUCCAGUUGACUACAGAGCUGAGAAGACCCGCUGGCCUCAAAGUGACAACACCUUUAAAUUUGACUUCCUUUGUGACAGCUCUCCUGCACUUCAGGAGAAAACAUCUCCCUCAGGCGGGACUGAACCCGCAGCAAACCCGGUAUCAUUCACAGGACAGAACUCUGCAUUUACCUUCAACUUUCAAGUUCCUCCUGUAGAAAACAUGGACACAACAGAGACCACUUCCUCUACAGGCGGCCAGCAGUGUGUAGAAGAGGAAAAGCCUCCCCUGUUGCAGGAGGUCAACUCUCCGGUUGAGCAAUCAGAAGCAAAGAAGAAGAAGAAGAAAAAUAAAUCUGGAAAGAAAAACCCAGCAGAAAGCAGCGAGGCACAGCAGACACAGAGUUCAGCUGAAGGGAGUGAAGGAGGAAAGGAAACAGCGCUGAGUGCGGAGGCGCAGCUGAACAGGCAGCUGGACUGGUGCAUCGAGCAGCUGGAGUCGGGAAUGGGGACCCAGAAAGGCACACCCAAACAGAAGGAGGAAACCUCUCGUGCCCUCAAGACUCUGCGAAGCUCCAAAGCUCCUCUGGCCAAGAAGAGGCAGGUGAUGAGAGCCAUGACCGGAGAUUACAGGAAAAAAAUGGACGAGGAGAAGAGCAAGCAGCACAAACUUAUCCAGACCGAGCUCGCAAAGGUCAAGGUUGUGUCAGAUACUCCAAAGAAGUCUGUUUUCCACCGGAGAGCUGACGUGAAGAGCCAGACACCUGCCAUAGAGGAUAACCUGACACAAACUGAAGCCCAAGAUAAAGACCUGAAAGCACAGACGCAGGAGGAGACUUUUGUUUUUACUCCAUCAAAGGAGGAGUUUCGCUUCAAUUUUCUCUGAUUUCUACCCCGAAUACACGUCUCACCAUACAUGAUGAUGAACUGUGACUGGGAGUUGUAUUGGAGAUCAUGGGGGGAAAAUAAUCACACCACAUAUACAUGAAUCUAAUUAAAGUAUUUUUGUUA